UUAUAGACCAGACUGUCAACAACAUGGUGGCUUCGAAAAUUUGGUCUGUUCUGUUGGCUCUUCUUUGCACUUUUUGCCAAAGAGCUAUGUCAUGUGGCUUAUCAACACAUCUUGAAAUAGCUCACAGAGCUCUGGAAUUUUUCAGCUCACAAAAAGGAAAUGUUGACUACAAGAAGUUGCUGCUAACCCACCCGGAUGCUUAUCAGGCUGGGAGUGUUUAUCCUGAUGCCUUUUACUCUGGUAUCUGCAAAAAUGGUUUAUUUCAUCAAGUAUCUGAAGACACACACUGGGCACCCUUUCUCAAUAAAAGUAUCCACUACAUCAGAAAGAAUUAUCCACAGCCUUGGGAAGAGGCUACAGAGAAACUGGUGGCUUUUCUUUUUGGAAUUGCUUCUCACAUGGUGGCAGACGUGAGCUGGCAUAGUUUGGGGAUUGAUCAAGGAUUUCUACGAGCGAUGGCAGCUAUUGAUUUUCAUGGAUCCUAUUCAGAAGCUCAUAGUGCUGGUGAUUUUGGAGGAGAUGUGCUGAGCCAAUAUGAGCUUGAUUUUAACUAUAUGGAUCCAAGCUGGUAUGUACCUGUCAAAGAUUUAAUGUCAAUCUAUGAGGAAUUUUAUGGCAAAGAAAUCAUAACUGAAGACACUAUUAUUGAAUGUACAUAUCUACAGUUUCUUGGAUUGUAUGGUGAAAUGCUCAGUGUUGCCAAGAUUUACCCCAUCUAUGCCAAGAAGUCCCCAUUUUUGGUAGACAAAUUCUACGAGUACUUUCUUGGUGGUGUGGAUGAUAUGGCAUUCUCAUCAAAUAACAUUUUUGAGCUCACAAGUUAUAUGUUAACAAAUGGGACUAGUGGCUGUUUUCUUCCUGAGAAUCCUUUAUAUAUACAGUGCAAACAUGAUCCCAGAAAUACUAUCAAACUGAAACAAUUGAAAACUGAGCACCAUAGAGACAUACAUGUUUCAGUGGCAAAAUCAGCUGAAAGGAAUAUCAACUAUACAGAGAGAGGAGUUUAUUUUGACAUGCCCCCUUUGAUCACGGUAAGUCUUUCAGGCAUAUAUGCCUUUACUAAGAAUUUCAGGAAUGUGUUUGCUGGCACACAGCAUUCUUCUAAGUACAUCACCCAGCCCAGUGCUUCCUAUUUCCUGACAACUCCAUACGCUAGACUUGGAUGGGCAAUGACUUCUGCUGACCUAAACCAGGAUGGAUAUGAUGAUCUUGUAGUUGGAGCACCAGGAUACAGUAAAUCAGGACACAUUCAAAUAGGACGAGUAUAUAUUGUUUAUAGUAAUAGUUCAGGUUUGCCUUCUGCAGACUUGAACUUGGAUCAGGAAGCAAAUGAAAUACUGGAGGGGACUAAGGUUUCAGGAAGGUUUGGUUCUGCUGUAGCAGUCCUAGACUUCAAUGAGGAUGGUGUAAUGGAUCUUGCAGUGGGAGCUCCAUCUGUUGGAUCUCAAGCGCUUACUUAUAGGGGCUCUGUUUAUGUAUUUUUUGGAUCCAGUGGAAGACAAGGUUUCUACAGCCUGCCAAACCUGACCAUAGUUUGCCAAGAAAUAUACUGCAACCUUGGUUGGUCAUUGCUGGCAGUUGAUAUCGAUGAAGAUGGAAAGAAUGACCUGCUGGUUGGCUCACCUUAUGCUCCUGGCGGUGGAGAACAAAGAGGAUUUGUGGCUGGGUUUUACUCAUUUUUCAACAGAAGCAGCCAAGGCCUGCUUUUCCUAUCGGAUGCUGACUGGAUGGUGAAAGGAGAAAGAGAUUACGCAUGGUUUGGAUUCUCACUCAGCAGCAUCCGGCUUGAGAAUAUGACCUUGUUGCUUAUUGGCAGCCCUACCUGGAAAAGCUGCACUGGUUUAGGUUGCUAUCUCUCACAGGAUACUAAGCAGGCUGUUGGAAGAGUGUAUGGCUAUAUCUUACCGCACACACACAGCUGGUUUACUUUAACUGGAGACAAGGAAAUGGGGAGACUGGGCUCAUCCUUGGCAACAGGUUUCAUUUCUGUUGAAGGAGUCCCCAGGCAUGUGUUGGUAAUUGGGGCACCAACACAAGACAGUUCAUCUAAAUUCGCAUUUGUAACCUCAGUGAAACACCAAACAGGAGCUGCUUUAAUGUAUGCAAUGAUAGAUGGUACCAUCACAGAUGGUACCAGGCCUCUUUUGCUCAGCACUUUCAGUGGGGACAGGAGAUUCUCACGGUUUGGAGAAGACGUACACCUGAGAGACCUGGACGGUGAUGGAUUUGAUGAAAUCGUUAUAACAUCACCUCUUCAGACAGAAGGAAUCAUGGCUGGAAUGUUUGGAAGACAUGCUGAACGUGUUUAUAUAUAUAGUGGUAACCAGACCACUUCCGGUAAUGUGACUGAGCACUGCAAAUCAUGGACCUCCCCUUGCCCUGAGGAUUGGGCAAAAUAUGUGUUAAUUUCACCUGAGGAAAGAUCAAGAUUUGGGAGUGCUGUGAUUACAAUAAAAUCUGGACAAAAGAAUGAAGUUGUAAUAGCUGCAGAAAGAAGUUCAGUAAAAGCCCGACUUGGUGGAAGGCUUUUUAUCUACAGUUUUUAAACGGUUGUGUUGUUCUGUCAAGUCUGCUUUUCAGCAAACUAUCCAAUAUAAUUCCUGCUUUUUUGGAGGUGAGCUUGUUGAAAACAGCAGAUCAUUAUAACAUUACUGAGAAUACUUUUUAAUUAAUGAAAGCUGCAAUCCAUCUCUGAAAGUUAGUAAUACUCAAUUUAAAUGCCCAUAAUAGCUGUUAAAAAGAAUAAUUGUGUGGAAAUGCAUCUCCCCCCCCCAAUGUUUUGUAGCUUUCAUCUGUUGCAUGAAAAUUCACACCACACUUACAUGGAGUCUUAAUUUAAAUAUUUAUUAUGUAGUACAAUGUAAUUUAAUUCAGCGGAGAACAUUCAAAAUAUGGAGCAACACAGAAAAUAAAUUCUGAUAGUAAUAACACAUAUCCCACCCCACCCUUCUGAUUUUUCAAUCCUGAUCCAAAACAAACCACCCCUUCAUCUAGAUCCCAAUGGUCCAUGCCCAAGCAUUAGCACCUGUGUGAUGGCAAACUAAUUACUUAUGAAUAUCACCAGUGUGUGUGCCUUAUGGAGUGAUGGGAACAGGACUACAGAAUAUGCUCUCCCUCUAGAAUCUGGCAGCUGACCAGCCAAAUAGAUACCUCCCAUCCUAUGAGAAUCUAAAUCAUUAGUACACAGGCAAUGGCAUUUCUCAGCCAAGGUCACCAUUUAUUUAUUUGGGCCCUUAGAACACACAUUUCCCCACUGUGCAGUGUCAGAGCAGUUCACAAUGUUAAAGUCAAUAGAUUAGAUACCAGAGUUAUUAUUAACUUCUGUUACUUAACUAAUCUACCUACCAUCAAUAAACUAAUCCACAGGGAGGAGAGCAAGUGAUGACCACUCUGCCCUUGGUGGCAAUAGUCUAUCCCACUGGUAAUCUUCAUGUAUUUCAAGAUGCAGGAAAAUGGAUAGGAUAAGAGUUUGGAUUUACAAAGCACUGCAGGAUUCCUAAUCUGUACAAUGAACUCAGCAGGAUUUAGAAGUCGUUGCACAUUCUUACUACCUAUUGGGGAUUUCCCUGUAAACAGCUUCUACUCUUAAUGAAAUGCUGUCACUUUCCUUUGCACGUCAAUCUGUUUUUCAGAUUCUGUCUGUAUUACUUAGGUUAACAAUUAAUGACUGUAUUACCUUGUCUGAAAUCACAAGCUGAUCAGAUUUUCUGCUGGUUUUUCUCAUGUGUAAAUACAAGUAAUAAACAGUUACCUUGUUUGAGUGCAGUCAUUCAGAACUCUGUCAUCCCUCCCAAUUCACAGUUAUUUUGCCUUUAAUGCAAAUUGGAAAAGAACCCAAAGCAUGUUUUCUGCUAUGCCCCAGUUCAAAGGAGUGCAUUUUCAGUGUUUCCAUAGUAGUUAAAAUCCUUACCAAUCAGGCGUUAAGGAAAAAAGAACAGGGAGGGGACUGAAUGCAGCCCUCCCUUACCAGGCGGCAGAUGGACGGAAUGUCAACAUUGCUGGGCUUGGGGGUCACCGGUCACAAUUCCCAUGCCAGCUGGUGACAUGCACAUAGCAACCUUUCCUGGACCUGAUGCUUGUGUGAUGCCAAGAUGGGGUAAGGCUACAGAAGCCCUCUAUGGCCAUGAACCUGAACAUCCAGGGAAAAGUAGUAACUCCCAGUCUCUGAAAGGCCACCACCAAGGCCUAUCCCUAAGAGAAAGUGUUUUGUUCCAACAUAGAGAAGGAGAAAAUACAUUGAACAAGUAUAAGCAAGAGUUUAAAAAAUAACAUCUCUACUUCCUAUGUAAAGAUAAACUACC